CCUUGUCGAGACUACUGGUACGGUGGGGUCACUCCGUUAGUCAGUCACAGUUCGCUUUCGGUUCAGUUUUUCAGUAGAGAAAACGGCUCGCUUCCAGGUGGACGUGGUUUUGUUUCGUUCCUUACUUGAACAUCAUACCGCAAAAUAAAAGUGUUUUCUGAUUCUAUCUGUUGUACCGCGUGUGCACUCACACUCUCACAUACUGCAGGAUAACCAUCAUUUAUUAUACUGUAUCCCCUGUCUAAGUGCAUCCUUCUGGUGGGGCUUGGUUAAAGGUGUGUUUCAAACCAUCCUUUGUUUCUCCGUGACUGACGGUGACGGUUGUGCGAGGUUCUGCGACGUUGUGUGUUCGGGUUAAGUUGGUUUACGCGCGGUAGCUAGCAGAGUGCGGACAGUUCACAGCCAUUGUUCAUUGCGUGCAAGUUCGUGAUUUUCCUUUGGGACAGGAAGACAGCUCGACUAGUGCCACCGCGACAGGUGGGGGAGGUGCUUUCUAGCUUUUCGCUGACCACAGUGAGAGCUGCUGUGGAGCGCGGAGGGUGCUAUAGAUUUUUAUUGUGCGGAAGCAAUAGAGUGCGAAUAAUUGAAUCUUGGCUGGAGCAAAAGUGCUUCGCGUUUUACGGGCCAGCGAAGCAGAGAAAUCGGCACCCUAGAAAAGGUGAUACACAGCAAGGAUAUCAAGGGUGUCGUGACCAUCGGCGAGCAGACGAACAAAAAAAAGGUGAAGAUAUUUCAAUGAGUGCACUGCGCGCGAAAAUGUACUGAAGCCAAUCUCGGCACGUUUUGGCCCGCCGCCAAUCCGGUCAUCACCUCUGCACAUGUGAAAACGAGGGAAAAUUUGGCCAGUGGCUGUUUGUUGUUCAGUUUGUUUUACCCCAAAAGUGAAGGAUAAAAGAUAGAAAAAAAUUUCAUUGCGAGUCAUUGAGUGCUAAGCGUGAGAGCAGUGAAAAUUGUUAAGUGGUAAAGCACUGGGUCGAAACAAAAUAAUUAUUGUUUCCCGGCAUCGGGUCCGUGAGGCUUUUCUCGGUGGUAAAGCGAAACGGUGGUUCAAAAAUAUUGAUAUUUGAGGACGGCUCGUUUUUUCGGACAUGAUAUAGGAUAUGGGACUGCCGACAGUAUACAAACUUCCGUUCGUGUAUUGAUGUCAACGUAACCAACGUGUCGACACGUAAGAAAAAGAAAAAACUGCACUAGGCGGCACCCGAGGGAAAAUGCCGUCAGGGAAUGUCCACCGGACAGAGAAGACUAUCGGAAGGUUUACGGUGGAGCAGCAGGCGGACACGACCUCCGGAUGGUGUCCUCACCCGUCCACUCGGCUGUGCGCCAGAGAACGAACCCUUCGACUAAUGCUUCUGCCGCACGGGUUGAAAACGCCCCGGCUGCUUCUGCUAGCUGGUCUGGUGCUGUUGCUGUUGCAGGGGCUAACGAUGGUUGAUGCUCAGUCCAAUCCACCACAAACUUGUCCUCCGACAGCGGACAUCAAUCCGUGCCAAUGUCAGGUGAAGAAAAAUGGUCUAGACAUACUGUGCGAGGCGACAGACGUGGUGCAUAUAACUAGAGCAAUGAGUGCACUGAAAGGCAAGAAUCCCAUCAUUUUCUACUUGAAACUGCGCCACAACAAUCUGCCCAAGUUGCAAGGAUUCGUGUUUCUCUCGCUGGACAUCCGACACUUAACCAUUCACAACAGCAGUUUGGCGGCAAUCGAGGAAACGUCCCUUAGUUCGCUGGGUCGGGGUCUAACACAGCUGGACGUUUCACAAAACCAACUGAUGACGGUUCCCUCGAGUGCGUUGAAAAACCUGCAUCACUUGUUAAUAUUGAAUUUGAAUCACAACCGCAUUUCGGUGCUUCAUAAUCGUGCAUUCGAAGGCCUGGACACUCUGGAGAUACUGACGAUCUAUGAAAACAAGCUGUCUUCUAUCGAACCAGAUGCAUUCCGUGGAUUGGAUAAGAAACUAAAACGACUGAACCUGGGCGGUAACGAUCUCACAUCGGUACCGCAAAAAGCGCUCGCCAUUUUGGACAUGCUACGAAAGUUGGAACUGCAAGAAAACCGUAUCAAAACCAUCAAGGAAGGUGACUUCGAAGGACUGCAGAAUCUCGAUUCGCUUAUCCUGGCUCAUAACCAGCUCACGGAAGUGCCGCCCCGUGUUUUCAGCCAUCUGAUUCUACUCAACUCGUUGGAGCUGGAGGGAAAUUCCAUAUCCUACAUCGAUAAGGAUGGCUUUGAAGGGUUGGAAGAAAAUCUACAGUAUCUACGGCUUGGAGAUAAUAAUUUGCAUCGGAUCCCGAGCGACGCCCUCCGACCGCUACACCGGCUACGGCAUCUGGACUUGCGUUCCAACAACAUCACCAGCAUCAGUGAGGACGCCUUCGUGGGAUUCGGUGAUUCUAUUACCUUCCUGAAUCUACAGAAGAAUGACAUCAAACAGCUACCGGCACUACUGUUCGAGAAUCUGAACUCACUGGAAAUGCUCAGUAUCCAGAACAACAAACUAUCCCGCAUCCCGGAGGAGGUUAUGGAACCGAUCAUGGACUCGUUGCGUGUAGUAGAUAUUAUGGGUGAGUGAAGGAAGCAAGACUAUUAUGAUAUGAUC